AUGAAUGAAAAUCUUUCUUCUCAAAACCAAUUGGAACCAGUGAAUUUUGAUAGUGCUUUCUCUACAACAAGUUUAUUAUUGACAACAUUGCCAACUGGUGAUUCAACACAGUGUUAUGAAAAACCGCAACACCAGCAACAGUAUAAUGACGAUGAGAUCAGUGUCACUUCUAAUACUAGCGGUACUAAUCACAGUAUUACUGCAACUACAAUAGCAUCAGAAGUUAUAAAAUCCGAUAAAAAGAUCACACCAUAUUCCGAAUACAUUCAAAUUGAUCAUCUUCUACAAAAUAGUUCCAAUGACACGAAUCCAAAUGACAAUAAUGCUUAUAGUGUCAAAGAGAUGGCAACAUCAUUAUCAUCAUCAUCACCAUCACAAGCGUUGUCUUCAAUUUUUUCAUCGGAAUUUGAAAAUCGAGACAAUUCAACAUCAUCAAUUCAUAGUGGUGAUGUCACUGACAAAAUUAAAUCAACACCUAUAAAUUGUAUCAAUUUUCAUGAACCAUUCAAUAAAUCUCUAUUGGAUUUUGUAAAUAACACAAUGCUGCAUCAAAGUGAAUUGGAUAAAAGUGAAUUAUUAUCAGGUGAUAAGAAAUUCUCUAUCAAUAAUGCAUUGGCAUCAAUGAAUUCUAUUCCCGUGAGAAACUUUUUCCAAAACACACCAAACAAUAAUGAUAACAAUGAUAAUAAUCAUCAUAAUAAUACUGGUAAUAAUCACAGAAAUCCAUUAGUACAUAAUAAACAGCUUGACAGUUUAUUACAUAGUCAAACUACAUUGAAUGCAUUAUCUAUGGCUUAUUCUUCUAUAAUUGCCAAUGGAUUAUGUGGUAUUGGAAAAGAUUAUGAAAACACAUUUAAUCCUGAUCAUAUUACUACUACUAAUAAUACUUAUCACAAUAUUACUUCACAAUCCGAUAAAAUUCCAUCCACCAUCAUGAUACAACGUCCUUCAAUUACGAAUUUAUUUAAAGAACAUUCAAUGAUUCCAAUAAUAUCAAGCACUGCAACAAUACCACCACCAUCAACAAGUACUACAAUUUCAUCAAUACCUAUCAGCAGUACACAAUCGUCAUUGUUUCUAGCAAACUCGUUAGAAAAAAUCAACUCUGGGAAUUUGUCGAAUUCAUUUAUUCCAAACGUGCAUAACAGUAUCAAUAAUAAUAAUAAUAAUAAUAAUAAUAACAGUGUCAAUAGUCAGCGUCAUAUUCAUCAAACUCAUAAGAAUUUAUUAAAUUCUAAAUUAGUAGAAUAUGAAACUAAUUCAUGUCAAAUGAAUUUUCCUGCAAUUAUGAAUGAUCUUUUAAUUGAAAAUUUGGAAAGUUGGCAGCAUCUACAGAAAAAUGCAAUAUCAUCUAAUAUAGAUCCUCAUUUAUUAACUUACUACAGUGGAUCCUGUUGUCCUGUUGAAUUGACUAAUACAAAUCGACGUAAAAAUGCUACUCGAGAGACAACUAGUCUACUCAAAUCAUGGCUAAAUGAACAUCGUAAAAAUCCAUAUCCUACAAAAGGGGAGAAAAUUAUGCUUGCACUUAUUACAAAAAUGAGUUUAACACAAGUCUCCACAUGGUUUGCAAAUGCUAGGAGACGAUUAAAGAAAGAGAAUAAAGUAACAUGGAAUUUACGUACAGAUUGUUUAUCAGAUGUUGAACACGAUGAACAAUCGAUCGAGAACGGGGAUAUUGAUGGCGGCGAUGAUAAUGAUGAUAAAAUUAGCGCCAAUGAUCAUGACGAUAAUCCUAAUAAUAAUAAUAGUAAUAACAAAGAAGAUGAUUUACAAGGAAUCACUGGUUUGGAAGGCUUAAAACAAUAUUUAUUACAUAAAAAUGCAGAAAAUUAUGGUAAAUUAUCAUUGAGCAAAUUGUUCGAUAGACAUGGAGGCUUACAAACAAUGAUUGAAGGCAAUAAAACUAAGCUGAAUAGUCGAUUGCGUAAUUUUACAAAUGACUGUGAUCCAACAGACUCCGUGCCAAGUAAACGUCCAAGUUUAGACUAUGAUAAUCACACAUCAACACCUGUGCCCACAGUGAAUCCAUUGAAUCAAGAAAACGAAUUCUGUAAGAGUAAAUCCAGUACAAAUGUUAGACUGGAGACGCGUAAAAUUUGGUCAUUGGUUGAUAUGAUGAAUGAGCAAAAUAAUUCACAAACUUCUAGACAUGAAUUAUUCAAUGAAAAAAAUCCAGCGAUGAAUAUACAAAAUCAAUCAUAUGAUCAUUGGCCUCCUAUAGAAGAAAAUAGAAAUUUACAAAAAUCUCCGAAAAAUUUACGAAAAACUUCCAAUGAAUUAUUCUCUUAUCAAAUGAAACUCAAUGCUGCAUUGACUGAUUCACUUGAAAUGAACAGAACUAAUAACAACAGUACCAUAAGCGAUGAGUGUGGUGUCACUAGAAAACUAUUAGGCAAAUCAUCUUUUUCCACUGCUUCCACAAUCACUGGUAAUAAUAGCAGUACUAGCAGUAGUACUGAUAGUAAUAAUAUUCAUAUUCCAACUGAUUCAUCCUCUUUAUUAUCUCCUAGUGCAUUGGCAGCAUUUUAUUUUUAUUAUCAACAAAAUUUACAACGAGCACAAGAACAAAAUCAGUUGAUGACCACAUCUUUGCCGCAUCAAUUUCCAACGAGUGGACAUCAACCACAAUUGCAUGCACAAAAGUUACCUUCCCUUAAUUCUCCUAGUUUCAAUAAUAAUAGUAAUAGUAACAAUAAUAAUAAUAAUAAUAGUCAUAAUUUACUUCAUACUAAACCAUUCCUUCAAUAUGAUGAUCAUUUUUCCAACCUAUUUCAAGGUAAUAAUGCAUUAAAUCUGAAUUUAUUAAAUAAAGAAACACAACAAUAUGCAAGAUCAUUAUGUUUGCAUAAGAAUCAUUCAAAUCAACCAGUAACAGCUAGUCCAGGUGAAGAAUCGUGA